GCUCAGGAUAAAAGGCAAGACAGUGCCACACAAACAGCCACUUUGCCAGGGGUUCUGCUUGAACCAGGGGGUGACCAUGACCUGCUGUGAAGGCUGGACAGCCUGCAAUGGAUUCAGCCUGCUGGUUCUACUGCUGCUGGGAGUCAUUCUCAACGCAAUACCUUUCGUGGUCAACUUGGUUGAUGAAGAUGAAGUUUUUCAAAACCCCAUCUCUUGCUUUGAGCGGUGGUUCCCCGGAAUUGUCGGCGCAGGUCUGAUGGCCAUUCCUGCAACGACAAUGUCCUUGGCAGCGAGAAAAAGAGCAUGCUGCAACAACAAGAGCGGGAUGUUUCUUUCGUCACUUCUGAAUGUGAUCACAGUCAUUGGUGGCGGGUACUGCCUGCUGGUGUCUUUCCAGGCUCUGUGGGAAGGCCCUCUCAUUUGUAACUCUGAAAGCAACAGCACUCUCAGCUGUGAAAUUUCUUUACGAAACCUAACUGUCCAUCAUCUAGACUCCCUCAAUCUGCAGUGGUUCUUCAAUGAUUCUUGUGUUGCUUCGACGGAUUUCAAUAAUCCCUACAUCAAUGACACAGCGAUCCGUAACGGCUUAAAUUUCGACUCUAUAGAAAACAAACACAGGAUUAUCCACUUCUCAGUGUAUCUAGGUCUACUGCUUGUGGGCUUUCUUGAGAUCCUGUUUGGGCUCAGUCAGAUACUCAUUGGCUUCCUUGGCUGUCUGUGUGAUGGGGUCUCAAAGCCAAGAAGAAACCAGAUUGUGUAGCUAAAGAAUAAAAUGGAAGAGUCCCCGCUGUGGCCCAAUGGGAUCGGUGGUGUGUCUGCACCAGGACGCAGGUUUGAUUCCCAGGCGGGCAAAGUUGGUUAAAGUAUCUGGCGUUGCAGCUGGUCACAACUGUGGCCCCAAUCUGAUCCUCUGCCCAGAACAUAUACCAUGGAGUGCCCCCCCCAAAAAAGAAAAUGCAAAUACUAGUUUGAACCAUUUGAGAAUGAUAUUUAAAAGUCAUGCUUUUACAAGUUAUAAGUUCAAUAAUGGAAUAUUAUCUAGAAACCUGGGCGAGUUUAGUCCAAAGGUUGUUAAUAAAGUCAUCUAUGAGGUGACUUAAAAAAAAAAAAUCAACCUUUCUUUCACAUGUAAAGCUGGAUGGUAAAGGCACAUUUUCAUAUGAAAAGAAGAAAAAUCAUCAGGGAGGGGUUGACUCAGAAGUGGAGAGCUUUUAACCUGUGCGCUUCUGUACUAUUUGAAUUUUCAAACUAUAUUCUCUUAUGUGGAAAAAGGGAGGGAGGGAGGACAAGCAGGAAGAGAAGUUAUACUGGAAGUCAAAGUAUGGGACCUUUUUAGUGCAUUUCUCUAUACUUAAAAAGGGUAAAUACAUAUGCUUGACCCUUGAACAAUAUGGUUUUGAACUGUGCAGGCCCAUUUAUAAUGCAGAUUUUUUCCAAUAGCAAAUGCCGCAGUACUGCACGAUCCGUCGUUGGUUGAAUCUGUGGGUGCAGCACCUGGAAACAGAGGAACAGAGGAACCACACAUAUGGAGGGCCAACCCCAAGUUAUAUGGGGAUUUUUGACUGUGUGGAGAGUUGUGCCCCCAAACCCCGAGUUGUUCUAGUAUCCAGUUAUCUGAAUAUAAUUAAGUUUUUAGACCUAAAUUCAGCUCUCAGAAAAUCCAGGGAAAGAUGACAUGUUCAGACAAGUUCAAAAGGUGAGAAAGCAGACAAUAUCCCCAUUGGCAAGAAGAAAAUGUAAUGUGAGAAAAAAUAAAAGGUUGGAUGGGUUGAGGGAACUACUCUAGAUUAAGAGAACAAAAAGACAAAAUGGAUUAUGAGAUACGAAGUCGUCAGAGAUAAAUGGGGAAACCUGUACAAGGAUUGGUUUAGGUAAUAUUAAGGAUUUAUUGUUAAUUUUUUUUAUUGUUGAUGAUGGUUUUACGGUUAUGCAGAAAAAUGUCCUUUCAGAAACGCAUUAUUUAUGUGUUUGGGGGAAAAUGUCAUGUUUUUAAAAUAUUUUGGUCAAAAAAUGAGGGGGUGGAAAAAUGUUGUUAUAUUUAGGUGAUAGGUGUAGGGCAAGUCAUUAUGCCUUCAUUUUUCCUGUGUGCAUUUUUUCACAAUAACUAAAAAGCAAUAAACACCUAGGAAAAGAAA